CCCUUUAUGGGUGUGUUUUAGUAGCCAUGACGACCAAACAAUGGCUACCAAGGGCGCAUUGACCAUUAAGUCUGAAAAACUUCAACUGCUAACUCAUGAAGUAAUCCUAAGUGUUGGUGACAACAUAAAAGAUAAAUUUGAUAGGAUUGCUGAACAUGAAAGACAAAGUUCCAUAAGGGCAACAGAGGAAGUUGUGAGGAGAGAAGAAAAGCAGGAAUGUGCUAGGCUUCUUCAAGAGGCGAGGUCAAAUUGGCUAGAAGAAAGGGAGAGUCUAUUGAAGGAAUGCGAAGAGAAGAGACUGCAGUCUGUCAUGAUGGAAAAGUCAACACUAGAAUGCAAGUUGAGAGAAGAAUUUGAUGAUCGAUUAGCUCAGAUCCGACUCUCACACGAGGAACAUCUCAAGGAAAGUGUUAGCAGGACAUGGAGUAAAGCGGAGCAAGUCAAAGAAGAAGUAAUAGAAAGAGUGAGGGCAGAGGAAAAACUGAUAGCUGAGCAGAUUGCAAAUGAGUUGGCUGGAGAAGUUCAACAAGAAAGAGAAGAAUUGAUUGCUCACCUUGAGGAGGAGAAGAAAAAGGCUCUGAGUAGGCAGAAGGAGGAACUAGAGAUUGAGCAUAAAACACAGUUACUGCUUCAUGAGCAGGAGCUACAAUUAGCAUAUGAGAAGAAGGUAGCUGAGCUCUGUGAGCAAUAUGAAACAGAACUAAUGGCCUCCCAGCAACUACUUGAAGAGAAGAAUAGGCAGCAUGAGGCUAGCCAGAAAAAUUUAAAGUUAAUGACAGCACAGAAGGAGGAUUUCGAGGGGAAGUACAAUUUAACAAGAGCAGAAUUUUCGGAUUUUAUAGCACAAUUUCCUGGUUUUAAUGCAGACUUUUUACUAAAAUAAUAAUAGCUAUUAAAAUUAAUUUUUUGGUUUAGCGGUAAUAACUUUUACUAACAAAAAUAACAUAAUUUCAUUAGAGUUGCUGUUUUGUUGAUCUGACAUCUGAAAUAG